GUUUUUUGGGCAUUUAAAUUGUUCAAAUUACCUUCUUUCUUUCCUGUUCGUCCACAUGCGAAGUUAAAAUUAACACAAACGAAAAAAAAAUAGUAUUCUCGUAAAAGGGAACCCAAAUUAAUGACAGUGGACACUUUGUCAGAUACGUCAAACCAGUAACCCCACUUUGUUUGUUAUGAUGACAGCCAAACAAUAAAUAUAAAAGAAUAACGAAACAAACCAACAAUGGAAGAAAUUAGCGAUAAACUGCACUACAUCUACAGUUCCUCCCUCACCCAGAAAGUUCAAAUCAAGAUCGGAACUUUGGAAGGGAAACGGGAAAAGCCCGGCUACAAGGAACUAUUGGCGGACCCUAUGCUCAAAUUCUCCGGGGUUUAUCAAGAGACGUGUUCAGAUUUGAUGGUAAAGUGUCAGGUGUUUGACAACAAUCAGCCACUUGCUUUGCCCGUAACAACAUCCCAUAAGGCAUUCGUGACACGUUGGAACUGGAAUGAAUGGCUGUCCCUACCAAUUAAGUUUAAUGACUUACCCAGGACUGCACAGUUAGCGUUGACAAUUUAUGAUUGUUAUGGACCAGAUGAUGUUGGUGUUGUUGGUGGCACUACAAUAUCUCUAUUUAGUAAACACGCCUUAUUUCGACAGGGAAUUAUAGACUUGAAAGUGUGGCCAAAGAAAGAAGCAGAUGGAAACAUGCCCACAACAACUCCCGGUAAAGAAACGCAAAAAGGAAAUGAAAAAUAUGGGUUAUCAAAAUUGGCCAAAAAACACCGCACUGGUCAAUUAAGAAAGGUAGACUGGUUAGACCGAUUAACAUUUAGGGAACUGGAAGUGUUGAAUGAAAGAGAAAAGAGGUCUUCAGAUUAUUUGUAUCUUAUGGUGGAGUUUCCAACAAUUACAGUAGACAAUAUUGUCCACCACAUAGUUUAUUUUGAACCUAAUGGCGAGGACAUUUACACAGUUCGUGUCCAGACCGAUCUUGUUGUCGUUCCAGACCAAGAAAUAUUGAAGGAGAAUCUGGUCGAGAGCAAGCACCACAAGUUGGCACGUUCGUUACGUAGCGGCCACAGCGAUAAGGAUGCGAAGCCCAACGCAGAGAUGCGUGAUAAAUUAAACACCAUCGUCUCCUAUCCACCCACCAAAAUGUUGUCAAACGAGGAACAGGAUUACGUCUGGAAGUUUCGCUUUUAUCUGAGCACCAACAAGAAGGCUCUGGCCAAGUUCCUGAAGUGCGUCAACUGGCACCUGGAGAACGAAGUCCCCCAAGCGUUGGCGAUGAUGGAAAAGUGGGCACCGAUGGACGUGGAGGACGCCCUCGAACUGCUCAGCCAGAACUUCCAGCACCGCGAAGUGCGCAAGUACGCGAUUUCGCGACUGCAACAGGCCCCCGACGACGACAUCCUUUUGUACCUUCUGCAACUCGUUCAGGCCCUCAAGUACGAGGACUUCGACACGAUUAAAGAGGGCUACAAAAGAAUAUCUCCUGGACGGGACGUCGCGGCUGCGCACGACGCGCCACUGGAGAAACGCGACAGUCGCGAGAGCAACACGAGCCGUGCCCGAGCUCCGCCCGAAAUGCGCCGAUCCUCCAGCUACAACCAGGCCGACCAGUUGGCCGCCUCCAAUGUGAACAGCGUGAUCGAGUGCGAGCCCAACGACGCAAAACUGGAGCCUAGACCGAUGAGUCUGCCCGAGGAGGCAUUGGGUCAGUGCGACGUGCAACCACAGCCGCUGCUCCCUCCGCUCGCACCUUCCAACACGGAUUCCGCCAACACGGACACUCUACAGAGUCACAUGGUGGAUGAAGAGACGGUGCAGGACCUGGCGGCCUUCCUCAUACAGCGUGCUUGCAAAAACUUGCGUCUAGCUAACUAUUUCUACUGGUAUUUAUUAAUUGAGUGCGAGGAUACGGACCCGGCCAUCAAGCAAGACGUACAAGUCAGGGAGAUGUACUUGACGGUGAUGAAGACGUUCUCCCAAACGCUAGCCAAGGGCAACGAGGCCAUGCAAAACAAACGCUACAUCCUGAACAAGCAGCAAAAGUUCAUUGACAAACUGGUGAAACUGAUGAAGCGGGUGCUCAGCGAGAACGGCAACCGUCGCAAGAAAGUGGAGAAACUCCAAAGCCUGCUCGCCAAUCCCGACGAGUUCAAAUUCAACUUCACCAAGUUCGAACCCAUCCCGUUCCCGUUGGACCCCGAGGUGACCAUCGAAGGAAUCGUCCCCGAAAAGGCCAGCCUCUUUAACUCGGCAAUGACGCCAUCCAAGCUGCACUUCAAAACCGCCAACGACGGAGAGUACGUGGCGAUUUUCAAGCACGGCGACGACCUACGACAGGACCAACUGAUCUUGCAGAUGAUCACGUUGUUUGAUAAACUAUUGAGGAAGGAGAACCUGGACCUGAAGCUGUCUCCGUACAGAGUCCUGGCCACGAGCACCAAACACGGCUUCGUGCAGUACAUAGACUCCGUGACGGUGGCGGAGGCCCUGGCCGCCGAGGGCAGCAUACAGAACUACUUCAGGAAGUACCACCCCCAGGACGGCAGCCCUUACGGCAUCGAACCGGACGUGAUGGACACGUACGUGAAAUCCUGCGCCGGCUACUGCGUCAUCACGUACAUUUUAGGCGUCGGCGAUCGUCAUCUGGACAAUUUGUUGCUGACCAAGGACGGCAAACUGUUCCACAUCGAUUUCGGCUACAUUCUGGGUCGAGACCCUAAGCCUCUGCCCCCACCUAUGAAACUGACCAAGGAAAUGGUCGAGGCGAUGGGCGGUGUCAACUCGGAGCACUACCAGACCUUCCGGAAGCUCUGUUACACCGCGUUCUUGCAUCUGAGAAGGCACGCCAAUUUGAUGUUGAACCUGUUCUCGUUGAUGAUCGACGCUAGCGUUCCCGACAUCGCUCUGGAACCGGACAAGGCUGUGAUGAAAGUGUUGGACAAACUGAGAUUAGAUUUGGGAGACGAGGAAGCGGUGCACUAUAUUCAGAACCUAAUUGAGCAGUCGGUGACGGCGGUCACCGCCGUCAUCGUAGAACAGAUCCACAAGAUCACCAUGUAUAUGCGAAAGUGAAUGUUGUUCUAUAAGUGUAAUUACGUUUUUAUUUUUAUAAAUUAUUUCAAAUAUAUUUUUUAUUAAACCA